ACGCAAAAAAAAAAAAAAAACCCGUUUCGGCGUCUUGCUCACUUUACUUUUCAAUCCCGUCUUCUCCAUUCAUCAUCAUCUCUCAAAGUUUCAAAGACGGAUUCGUGAGUUCUCAGUGUGAUCCUGCCAUCUUUGCAACUACUGAUUCUUACUUUUUCGCUUCUAAGUCCGACACGUGGAUUAUCCUCUGCUUUAAUCAUCUGGUGGUGAAGACGCCUCACUUAUAGUUUCUUCAAAUAGCUCUGGCCUCUGGAUCCGGAACUCUCUGACGACGGUUGCAAAGUUGAUUGCUCCGAGUUUCGAUUUGCUGCUCUGGUGAAGGAAAUAGUGAUUGGAUCACUUUCGUACUUACUUUCUAUGGAGAUUCCGCGUGCUCGGAUUACCGAUUUUAUUGAUUUAGAUUGAGAAACCUUUGAGGAAUCAAGCUGCUUCCGGGACUUCGUGAUUAGCGAGGAGAUCUGGAGUUGUAGUUUCAGGAUCUUACAAGUUAAAUUAGGAUCCUUACGAGUGAAUCAUUGACUUCGGAUUGUUCAAGUGUUUAGGCUACUCGAUAGUGAUUUCCAGAACAUACCUUUAGAUCAAGCUAGAAGCAGAAACAGAAUCUGAUUGUUUCUAGACAUUUGAUAAGGAUGCAGAGUAGGGCUGUACAGCUGGAAGAAGGAAAAGAAAAUGGAGUCUCUGUUAGAACAGGGAAUUAUAAGGCAUUUCCGCCGAAACUGCUUCUUGUGCUUGGGCUAUUUCUCGCUUUCGCUGUUACUGUCUUCAUCAUUAGCGUGUCUACGAUCAAGUAUGUUGGUAUACAAAGUGUGGUCACCACAGUCACUUCGAGCUUUGUGCCGUGCCGCUUGGAGGAACCGAGUGGUUUGGAUCGAUGGGUACAGCCUCCUGCGGUUCUGAUGCAUAACAUGACCGACGAAGAGCUCCUUUGGCGUGCUUCUUUCUGGCCUCUGAGAAAAGAAUAUCCGUUUAAAAGGGUUCCCAAGAUUGCGUUCAUGUUCUUGACCAAAGGCCCCUUGCCGCUCGCUUUGCUUUGGGAGAGGUUUCUCAAGGGUCACAAGGGGCUUUACUCGGUUUACAUUCAUCCGCACCCUUCUUUUACAGCCAAGUUCCCAGCUAACUCUGUUUUCCACCGGAGGCAGAUACCGAGUCAGGUUGCAGAAUGGGGGAGAAUGACCAUGUGCGAUGCGGAGAAGCGGCUUCUCGCCAACGCGCUGCUCGAUAUCUCCAACGAAUGGUUUGUUCUAGUCUCGGAGUCAUGCAUUCCACUCUUCAACUUCACAACAAUCUACAGCUACUUGAGCCGAUCAAAACACAGCUUCAUGGGUGCUUUUGAUGACCCUGGACCGUUUGGGCGCGGCCGCUACAACCAGAACAUGGACCCUGAAGUUCCCAUCACCAAGUGGCGGAAAGGCUCUCAGUGGUUUGAGAUUGACCGGGACCUCGCAGCUACCAUUGUCAAAGACACAUUGUAUUACCCAAAAUUCAAAGAGUUUUGUAGGCCUGCUUGCUACGUGGACGAGCAUUAUUUCCCGACGAUGCUGACGAUUGAGAAACCAGCGGUUUUGGCUAACCGGAGCUUAACGUGGGUGGACUGGUCUAGGGGCGGGCCACACCCUGCCACGUUUGGGCGAUCGGACAUUACAGAGCAGUUCUUUGGAAAGAUCUUUGAUGGAAGAAACUGCACUUACAAUGGUCGCAACACUUCCAUGUGCUAUCUCUUUGCGAGGAAGUUUGCUCCGAGUGCUUUGGAGCCACUGCUCCACAUUGCUCACAAGAUUCUGGGGUUUUGAGUUAGUUUAAGUACCUGAACCUCCUGAAAUCAGAUAGAGAUCAUGAUAUAAAUUCUGUGAGACAUUUUACGCCAAUAUUAUUUUAUUUAGUUUGGUUUGAUUUAGAUUCGGAAGGAAUGAGAUAAUGUGGCACAACAUGAUCCAGUCAUAUAUAGUAUUUGGUUAAUAAAAUGGCACAACAUGAUCCAGUCAUAUAGUGUUUGGUUAACUUUAUUUUCGAAAAGUUUGAAUACAACCAUGUUUAUUCG